GUCAACCACACCUUGUCGUUAUUGACAAUUCAUAGAAAAAAUGGAACGCAUUUAUCCCACAGCUCCCACUGAGGAGCAGUCCAGGGAUCAGGAGCAGGGACGACCAUUGCGACAGGCUCCGCCUAGUUAUGAUCAGGCCACGGCAAAGGUCCCGAUAGCAGCGCCCAUAGCUACGCCAGCUCAGACAACAGGACCAUCUCACACAGUCAUCAUUGUGCCGCCGUCGUCAGUAGCUUAUGGACCCGGACCCGUCGAUGUUCAGUGUCCUUUCUGCCACAACUUCAUACGCACGCGGGUACGCUUCAGACCCAACUCACGCACCCAUCUGAUUGCUCUACUGCUCUGCUUGUUUCAACUCUACUGCUGCGUCUGCCUCCCCUACUGCAUUGGCAGCUGCAUGAACACGAACCACUACUGCGGCAUGUGCGACCAUUAUCUGGGGACCUAUGUGCGCAAUUGAGGCUGCGCCCAGUCGGAGCUCUCAAAUAUAUUCGCAUUCGGAGCAUGUGACUAUAUAUUUCCCGAUAUCAGAGUAAACUUUGCUAUCUACUCGUAAUUGUGGCCAUGACAGAGGGAAACAGUGUAGCGCGCGAGAUAAAUAAAUCAAAUCUGCACCCAGAGAAAUACAAAAAAGGAACACUACAAUUGAAGCAUCAGAAACAAAAGCAUACAUUUAUUAGAAACUAAUAGAUGUAGAUGUAAUAAC